AUGGGCUUCAUAUCCACAAUCGCCCACUGCUUUGUCGGGAUAAUGCUCUCUGCGGUAAUCAUGUCGCCCGUGGUAGCAAUAAACGAACAGGAAUUUGCAGCCGACAAUAUCAUCACCCGUGAUGUCUGUAUCCUCGGCGGUGGCUCAACUGGUACAUAUGCGGCAAUCAGCCUGAAGGACAAAUCGAAGAGUGCAGUGGUUGUUGAGAGGAAUGGUAUCCUAGGUGGCCACACCGAAACCCUCUACGUCGAUAACAACCAAUUUGUCGACUAUGGUGUAGAGGGCGUCUUCAAUGAUGAGCUCAGUCGAAACUACUUCAAGCGCCUCGGAGUAGUAGACCACAAACCGCUUAUCCCAGCCACCCCGGUCACCGAUUACAUUGACUUCAAAACCGGCAAGAAAGUACCUCCCCCCUCCGAUGUUCUGUCAGCCGUUGCAGCCACAGCAAUUUACCGCGCAGCCAUCGAAAAAUACAGCUAUCUAAAGGAUGGAUUAUAUAUGCUGCCUGACCCCGUCCCCGAGGAGCUUCUGCGCCCGUUUGGCGAAUUCGUUGAUAAACAUGGAAUCCAAGGUGCUUUGCAACUGACCAACGGUUUCGCUCAUGGCGUUGGAGAUCUCCUCGGGGCUCCAUUGCUCCAAGUGAUCCAGCUCUUUGGCAUCACCCACAUCGAUACGCUUCUUGGCGGCGGAUACAUUACCCCGAAAAAUGGCAUGUUUGAGCUAUACAGCAAGGCCUCAAAGAUCCUCAGUUCGGAUAUUAUUUAUCAGUCGACUGUUACCGAAACCGAACGAUCUGAGUCCGGUGUCAAAGUUGUCGUCCAAAGUGCCAACGGCGCCCGGAAGCUGAUCAAGGCCAAAAACCUGCUCAUUACAUUUGUCCCUAUCAUGGAGUCACUAAAAGGAUUUGAUCUUUCCACAAACGAAGCCACCCUCUUCAAAAAGUGGGACUGGGUCAACUACUAUGUUGCUGUUCUCAAGUCCACAGGUGUUCCAAAUGCUGUGACAGUCAUGAAUACUGACCCCGAUAAUACUCCGGGCAACCUACCUCUUCCCCCAUUCCAGUGGUCAUUGCAGUACCUGGGUGCGGAUGGGUAUCUGGCCAGCAAGGUCGUUGCAAAUAGGACAUUUACCCAGGAACAGGCCAAGAAAUUGAUAAUUUCUGAUAUUCGUCGGAUGGGUACCGCGGGAACGUACCCUGGGGGUGAUCCGGAAAUUGUUGCGUUUGGUGAUCACACGCCAACAACACUCUCAGUAUCCAAUGCUGACAUUCGGGACGGAUUCUACAAGAAAUUGUAUGCAUUGCAAGGUUCUAAGAACACAUUUUACACCGGGUUGGCAUUUUGCUCGGAUUAUUCAUCUAUGCUUUGGGCGUAUACCGAGACUGUUGUUGAGCAGAUGAUUUCGUCGUGA